AGAGCGAAAGCCAGAGCAAGAGAAAAUGUCAGGAAGAGGCAAGGGAGGUAAAGGAUUGGGAAAGGGAGGAGCGAAGAGGCAUCGUAAGGUGCUGAGAGAUAACAUUCAGGGCAUCACCAAACCUGCUAUUCGUCGUCUCGCGAGGCGUGGAGGUGUCAAACGUAUCAGUGGCUUGAUCUAUGAAGAGACCCGUGGAGUUCUCAAGAUCUUUCUCGAGAACGUUAUACGUGAUGCAGUUACUUACACGGAGCAUGCUCGCAGGAAGACGGUGACCGCCAUGGAUGUGGUUUAUGCUCUCAAGAGGCAAGGCAGGACUCUGUACGGGUUUGGGGGUUAGGUUUGUUAUUAAAAUUAGGGUUUCAUCUAGUUGGUGUAAAUUGUUCUCUCAUAGUUUAGGUAUAGAUUUAGGUAUUGGGGCUAUGGUUUCAUGUGGA